AUGGCGUCCAAGGGCGAGAGGGAUGUGGAGAUCCACGUCUCCUCCCCGCCGCCCGACGACCGCGACGCCGCUAGGCCCUUGCUGCCCGCCGCCUGCGAGCCCUACUCCGUCUCCGCCGCAAUCCUCCCCUUCUUUUUCCCAGCUCUGGGUGGGCUUCUCUAUGGCUAUGACAUCGGGGCAACAUCUGGUGCCACCAUAUCGCUCAAGUCCCCCACAUCCAGUGGUACAGCAUGGUACGACCUGUCAUCAGUGCAAACCGGCCUCGUGGUCAGCGGCUCACUCUAUGGUGCUUUGAUCGGAUCCGCCACGGCAUUCACCAUUGCGGAUUUUCUAGGAAGGCGCAGAGAGCUUGUUGUUUCUUCUAUCAUGUAUUUGAUUGGAGCUCUUCUCACCGCAGUGGCUCCUAACUUCCUUAUCAUGGUGGUUGGUCGCUUUUUAUAUGGCAUAGGAAUUGGAUUGGCUAUGCACGCUGCUCCAAUGUAUAUUGCUGAGACUGCUCCAAGUCAGAUUAGAGGCAUGCUCAUCUCUCUCAAGGAGUUCUUUAUUGUUCUUGGGAUGCUUCUUGGUUAUAUAGUAGGCAAUCUAUUUGUUGAAGUGAUUUCUGGUUGGCGCUACAUGUAUGCCACCAGUGCUCCGAUAUGUGUCAUUAUGGGCAUCGGAAUGUGCUGGUUACCUUGUUCACCUAGGUGGCUUCUGUUAUGUGCCACACAAGGAAAAGGAGAUCUGCGGGAGACAAAAGAAAAUGCUACACGUUGCUUAUGUCGAUUGAGGGGUCAAGCGUCACCUGAUUUGGUUUCGGAGCAGGUCAAUUUGAUUCUGGAAGAACUCUCAUACGUUGGUGAAGAGAAAAAAGCAGGCUUCAGUGAGAUCUUUCAAGGAAAGUGUCUCAAAGCAAUGAUAAUUGGAUGUGGUUUGGUGUUCUUUCAGCAGGUCACUGGUCAACCAAGUGUGCUAUAUUAUGCUGCGACAAUUUUUCAGAGUGCUGGAUUCUCUGGAGCAUCUGAUGCCACUCGUGUAUCAAUUCUUCUUGGCUUGCUGAAGCUGAUUAUGACUGGAGUUGCCGUUCUUGUGGUUGACAAACUUGGCAGAAGACCAUUACUAAUUGGUGGUGUUAGUGGAAUUGCUGUCUCCCUAUUCUUAUUGUCUUCAUACUAUACCUUGUUUACGGGUGCUCCUUAUGUGGCUGUAAUAGCACUUCUACUGUAUGUUGGCUGCUACCAGUUAUCAUUUGGCCCGAUUGGCUGGCUUAUGAUUUCGGAGGUUUUCCCGCUGAAACUGCGUGGCCGUGGAUUGAGUGUUGCUGUUCUUGUGAACUUCGCCUCCAACGCGCUUGUCACUUUUGCUUUCUCCCCACUAGAGGAGGACUUGAUUGGCACCGGGGUUCUCUUUGCUUCGUUCGGGGUGAUUGCGGUGGCGUCUCUCGCAUUCAUAUUCUGCAUUGUGCCUGAAACAAAAGGGCUCACCCUGGAAGAAAUCGAAGCCAAACUGUAG